AUGAAGUUCAAACAAUUCAUGAAAUUGUCAUUUAUCAUAUGGCUUCAAAUCUUAUGGUAUUUAAAUUUGGUUCUUGGGAGUUCUCAAAUAUACUUAGCUGAUGGUUCACCUGUUCCGGAACCAAUCGAUCAUGAAAUAUAUUCAAACUUAUUCACAUAUGCACAUUUAAUUGAUAUUUCAUAUUGUAUUUCUCAAGGGAAAAAGAUAUCUAAACCAUUCAAUUGUGAUCUAAAUUGCUCAAAUCGUUUCCCUAAUAUGACAUUGGUACACCAAUGGUGCUUUGCGGAUUCCGUUUGUGGUUAUAUUUCAACUACUAACAGAAAUAUAUUUUUCAACAACGAUACAGAUAUCGAAGAUAAUCCAAGGAAAAGUAUUAUAAUUUCAAUAAGAGGAACACGGUCAAUUUUCGAUACCUAUACGGAUUUAAAAGCGAAAAUGGUUAAAUACUCCCAAAUGGGCACUAGCUUACCAAGGUGUGGAAAUGACUGUAAAGUUCAUCAAGGCUUUUACGAAUAUUUUCAAUUUACAUUAAACAGUAUUCAUGAGUAUCUUGAGAAUGAGUUGAAUCAAAAUGAAGACUACGAACUUAUUUUCUUGGGUCAUUCUAUGGGUGGGUCAAUAAGUUUGUUACUAGCAUUGCAUUAUUUAGAUCUAGGGUAUGACCGAUUAACCUUGGUCACCAUGGGCCAACCGUUGGUUGGUAAUGAAAAUUUUGUACAUUGGGUAGAUAAUGUAACAGGAAGUUCUGUUAAACCACAUCAUAAUUCUUUUAAACGAAAAUACUUGAGGAUUAUUCACCGGAACGAUAUUAUUACAACAAUUCCUAGGAGUAAGAAUUUCUUCGAAACUUAUUAUCAAUUCGAUAAUCAAAUAUACUUGAACUGUUCUUCUGGGAAUGUUCCUACUCCAGAUCAAGUAAUUGAUUGCGCAAAUGGUAAUAAUUUGCAUUGCAUUAAAGGCGAUUUCAUUAAUAAUAUUAAUCGCAACUACUAUGAGAUCCACAAUACGUACUUUCGAAAAUUAGGUUUAUGUGGUAUUAAAAUUUGA